GCCUGAACGGGCCCAAGGAGAUUGCCGGCUGGAUGCGCGUGAAUCAAAAGACAGACGUGUGGGCGUUUGGCGUGCUGAUUGUGCAGAUGUGGGAUGGCCGCCAGCGCACGAUUAUGCCAGACGGCGUGUUUGACUACAUUGACUCCUCCCUCUCCCCCGAGGAGCAGCAAGCAAAGGCCCAGGACACAAAGUACUGGCCUAACCACCUGGAGCACUGUUUCAAGAGGGGGCAGCCCUACCUUCUGUUGCCGCCCAUGCCCGCUACGCUGUAUGAUCUCGUGAACAACUGCCUGCAGGGGCCGAUCAAAGCGCGCCCGGCGAGCAGCGAGCUGGAGGGCCGCCUGGAUGCCAUUGAGGCACAGCUGGGCGUUGCCACGAAGCCCAAGGCAGAGCACACGCUCAUGGACCUGCUGUACACGCUGCCAUUCUUUCAACCGGGCUCCAAGACCAGCGAUCCGCAGCCGGCUCGUGUCAGGCCACCCACCCCUGACAGCCCUGCCCCGCCCAGCGCUGUCGUGUCUCUUGCCGACGACCCCGCUGCACGCCCACGCGGCCCCGUGAUUGAUUUGGGCAGCGUUGGUGAAACCCCCAUCUGACGUGUUGGAAGGGGGUGUCGUUGUGAUGCAUCUGUGCGUGUGUGAUUGUGUGAUUGUGUGUGCGUUUGUGCAUGUGUG